AUGCAGUUUUCCAUCAUCUCCCUCGUUGCCGCUCUCGCUGCCUCGACCACUUCUGCAGCCUACAUCCAGACAAACUACACAUCCAUUGCCACCCCACAUGUCCCAGCUGGCACUGCGGCUCCCACAGGCAGUGCCUCACCUUCCACACCAACCUCUUCGGUUCCUUUCACCGGUGGCGCCUCUAUGCCCCAGGCCAUCUCUGGCUCUGCUCUCGGUCUUGUCAUUGCUGGCGGUGUUGCUCUGAUGCUCUAA